CUUUUGUAUAAAUAGCCUAAUUCCCUUCUUCAAACUUCAAUCAUCCACACUUCUCUCACUCGCUUUCUACUGAUAAUAAUAUAUUAUCACCAAAUUCAUUAGCAUAAUAAUGGCUAUUAUUUCAGCUGCUUCUUCUUCUCCCAACAAAAUGGCCAUUGCUUUGGUUUUAGCCUUGUUGGCUGUGUUCUUGGGGAGCUCCUCAGCUCAGCUCUCCCCCAACUUCUACUACAAGAGCUGCCCCAAGCUCCUCAGCACCGUCAGAGCCGGUAUCCGCUCUGCCGUCGCUAAGGAAGCUCGCAUGGGCGCUUCUCUUCUCCGCCUCCACUUCCACGACUGCUUUGUUAACGGUUGCGAUGGAUCGAUUCUUCUGGAAGAUACUCCUACGUUUAGAGGGGAGCAAACGGCGGCUCCCAAUAAUAGAUCCGUUAGAGGGUUUAAUGUGAUUGAGAGUAUAAAGAAAAAUGUUGAAAAAAUUUGUCCUGGUGUUGUAUCAUGCGCUGAUAUUUUGACUCUCUCUGCUCGAGAUUCUGUUGUAACUCUCGGAGGGCCAAGUUGGGAGGUGAAAUUGGGAAGAAGAGAUUCCAAAACAGCCAGCUUCGCCGCUGCCAACAGUGGCGCCAUUCCUCCGCCGACCUCCACUCUCGACACCCUCAUCAACCGAUUCGGUUCCAAAGGUCUCUCCACACGAGACUUGGUUGCCUUAUCAGGUGCCCACACGAUCGGUCAGGCGAGAUGUUUGUUUUUCAAGAAUCGAAUAUACAACGAGACCAACAUCGACGAGUCGUUCGCAGAGGAGAGGCAAAGGAACUGCCCUACAAAUGGAGGGGACGACAAUCAUGCCCCUCUGGACUUCAGAACCCACAAGCUUUUCGACAACUACUUCUACAAGAACCUUCUCGAGAAAAAGGCUCUGUUCCGCUCCGAUCAAGUGCUUCACGAUGGUGGAUCCACCGACUCCUUGGUCGAACUCUACGGCGACGACAGCGACGCCUUCGAGUCCGAUUUUGUGGCGGCCAUGAUCAAGAUGGGCGAUAUUGAGCCACUGACUGGAUCGCAGGGCCAGAUUAGGAAGGUCUGCAGCAGACACAACUGAUCGACAUGUCGAAAUCUCAAACUGUUCCAACUUCAAUUGUGAUGAAGAAUAAUUUGUUUUUUGUUUUUUUUUUUUAUUUUGAAUUCGUUUGAGCAAAUAACAUAAGCCUUUAUGCAAGUGUGGAUGAUGUGUAUUUUUUCUUUUAAAGAU